AUGGCUAAAACACACAAUGUGACAGAAUUUAUUUUAUUGGGACUUUCUUCCAAUCCAGAGGUGCAGAAGGUUUGCUUUGUGAUAUUUCUGCUCUUGUAUAUAGCCAUUGUCCUGGGGAAUUUCCUCAUUGUCCUCACUGUCAUGACCAGCAGAAGCCUUGGCUCUCCCAUGUACUUCUUCCUGAGCUACCUGUCCUUUCACAGCCUUAGGAUCCCCUGUGUACUUCUUCUUGUCUCAUUUAUCCUUAUAGAUGACUGCUGUUCUUCCUCCCUGACGCCUAAGAUGUUAGUUGACUCCCUUACAAUGAGAAAAACUAUCUCUUCUAGGGGGUGUAUGACUCAAAUCUUUGCCAAGCAUCUUUUUGGUGCUGCUGAGAUUAUUGUUCUCAUGGCAAUGGCCCAUGACUGUUUUGUGGCCAUCUGUAAACCCCUGCACUACAUGACCAUCAUGAGCCAGAAGGUGUGUAGCCUUCUUGUGGGAGGGGCCUGGGCUGGAGCCUUUGUCCACGCAGCCAUUCAGAUCCUAUUUACAGUCUGGCUGCCCUUCUGUGGCCCUAAUGUCAAAGAUCAUUCCAUGUGUGACUUGAACUCUUUGUUGAAACUGGUCUGCAUGGAGACUCAUUCCCUUGGUCUCUUCGUUACUGCCAACAGUGGGUUCAUCUGCCUGUUGAACUUCCUCCUUUUGAUGGUCUCCUAUGUGGUCAUCUUGUGCUCCCUAAGGAUCUAUAGCUCAUGGGGAAGAUGCAAAGCCUUCUCCAUCUGUGUCUCCCACAUCACCAUGGUCAUUCUCUUUUUUGCACCCUGCAUACUUGUAUAUAUGUAUCCAGUGAUCACCUUUUCCAUUGAUAAAGCUGUGGCUGUGUUUUAUACCAUGAUAACACCUAUGUUAAAUCCUUUAAUCUACACCCUCAGAAAUGCAGAGGUGAAAAAUGCUAUGAAGAAGCUCUGGAUCAAAAUGUGA